UUGGCGUUCUCCAGGUUGCGGAAGAUCUCGUCGGGCGGCAGGGUGAUGCUCUUGUCCAAACUGCCGUGCCCGCCGCUCCCUCGCCCGCCCCGCUCCGCCAUUUUGAGCGCAGCCCGCUCCUCGCCGGGGGCUCAUUCGGGACCGCAGGGACUGGAGGUCUGCCUCUCAGCUCACGAGUAAUUGGGGAGCCUGAGCUUGGAGGAAGGCGGCGUUGGAAGGUGAAAAUGAGAAGAGCUGCACUUGUAUGGCGGUGCUGAGCCCCUGGAGGGGCUGGGAUCCCCCUGCUGCCCGCAGAGCAGGAGCUCACCCUCGCUCCCUCACCCUGCCCUGCCAACAGUAGGUGUGGAUCUCCCUUUUCUGCUUUCCCCACAUGUUUCAAACAAGGCAGAGCACAGAACAGCAGCAGCCCCAUGCCACUGCUCUUGGUCAGGGUGCUGCGGGCUUUGGGACCCUUUGCCUGAGUCCUGACUGCCCCAGCCUGCUGUCAAUCUGCUGCCUUAAUUAGCCUUAAUUUAAAAACACAGGCAUACGUGAACAGCUUGAACGUUGCUGGGAUUCAGGAGCUUGUACUAAUUGGCAAAGACAAGUCAAGCACAGCAAGGUGAAGUGACUUUUUCAAGAUCACCAAGCAACACGGAGAUCUAUAAAUAUCUUCUCUGAAUUAUUUAGGAGCUCGUUAGAAAGAACAAAUCUCUCUGCAGCACGGGUGGCAGCUCCCGAUGGAUUGCAGAGCCCACCUUGCGCUGCGUUGGCAGGCAGGUGAACAGCAUGCAAGCAGCUUGUGCAUUGGGGGUAAAAUAAGAGCCAGAGGGCUCCAUGCAGCCAUAAUGAGGCAGGGGAAGAGGUUCUCCAUGUGCCCAGGAGGUGGAUUUUUGGCCCUUUCUGUCUGUCUGAGGGCUGCAUCCCAAACCAGGUGAGGACUGGCCAGGUGCAGGUAGUGACGUGUGCAUCCGCUCUGAUCUGGUCACCCUAGGAGAUCUGAGUUUGUUUGAUCCCUAAAUAAGCAGCCACUUGAUGAGAUCAGCUAUUUUUGGUUUCAUUGUGUUCAGGGAAAAAAAACGUGCUAGAAGUGAAGUUUUUCAAGGGCAUCCCUCCCAGGCACUCUGGCAGGAGGUGGAAGUGUUGACCAGUGGAGUUCUGUGCCAUUAGCAUGUCUUUGAAAGAAUGAGAGAAUUGUCGUAUAUCCAAAUUAUUGUGUUCACUGUAAUUACGUUACUGUGAUUAGAUAAUAGUAUUGUGAGCUGAUGGUUUGUGCAGGUUUAGUUUACUUUGAAGAGAAGGGAAAACAAAAGGUGAAGAGUCCUGACCACGCACGAAAUGGGAACUCUUCUAAGGAGUGAGUGAAUGUUGCCAUGGGGAGCGCUGUUUUGGUGAGGCUGCUGGUGUCCAGGUGCUCUGGGGUGACUCAAGGAGCCCCUUCUCGGGCUUUUCUUCCUGCUUCUACCUUCUGAAUGUGUUUGCUCACUCACCCUGCCCAGUCUCUGUGUAGCUGUGUGGGAGGAGGACAAGCUCAUCCUUCUGGACAGGUGCUCGUGUUCCUCACCAGCGUGCAGCUCUCACUGCCCCUCAGGAGGGAGGAAUCGUGCUGCUGCAAAUCAAAUCCCUUGCCAUGGGUCACCCAGCUGGUGCGAGCCGCGUAGGCAGCCUCUGGUAAAUCUCCCCUUAAGAGGAUAUGGCAGGUUUGUUUUCUGGAUUGGGGUGGGCUGAAAACCCCAAGGGAGGAUGAUGUAAAAUUGGCACAGAAGCUGACUCUUCACCAGGCUGGGUAGAAACCCUCUGAAGCCUGGCGGAGCGUCUCAGCUCCAAGGCAUGUUUGGGACCCUUAGGUGGGUGUCAGAGGAAGAGAGCGACAUGCCUGAAGAAAAGAUUAUGGGGAAAAACUUAGGAGAAGAAAUGCUGUCUUAAUCUUUGAUCGCUAUCAAAUUGUGUGUUCUUUUAGCCAUAUGUAGGUAGCUUUCAUUUCAGCUUAAAAAAAAUAAUCCACGUUUAGGUAAGAGACGGUGCUUGCUGAAAUUAAGAGACAACAAUUAGCUCACCCCACUGUGGGUAGUUUCCAGAAGAAGGGUAAGAUCCCCAAGUACAGUCUUACUUGGGUAAGAUCCCCAAGUACCAAACUGUGGAAGUUGUUAGGAGCUAUGCAUGUUAGCACCUCUUAACUGGACAGAAAACAUAAGGCUGGGCUCAGGUUGGUGAGCAGAUUAAUGGGGAAUGGGGGAAAUAAGCUGGUUGUGAAAGCAGUGAUCUGCUGAGGUCUGAACAGGCUGCUGUUAAGUACCUGGGGCCACACCGCUCAGCGUGCCACUUCACCUUCACCUCCACCUUUAGUUUUGAUAGCUUUUCCAGGGGCUGCUUCUUUGCAGGAUCUGAAACCCUGUUCUGCCAAGUGAAUUUUACAAAUAGGGGGAUGAGGGGCUCAAAAAAUGACACCUCCUGCUCGCUGCCCCACUGCGGCGCCUACGUGCAGCUCUUAGUCCUGGAACAUGAUCCAUUUUAAUCACUUCAAACCAAAGGCUGAAGGACUCAAGCAGUUUUUAUUGUAUUGUACAGCGAAGACUCCAAAGUUGAGCAUCACACAGGAUGAAUACAUCACGACUUUAUAAAAGCUUUUUAAGCUCAUUAGCAUGUUCAGUGAAUGCUUACACAGUACUUACUGCCUGCCUUCCUCCCCAGCCCUCACCUAAGAUAUAUCCCAGGUACUUCCUUUACAAAAGGCAUCAAUUAUCCCUCAACGGAGAGAGCACAUCCUGGCCAUGAAGAGAAUUUUCCCUACAGCUAUCUGUUAUCAUAAUAACAAUCUGUGAGGAGGUCCACUAAAAAUAGCACAGGAACUUCAGAAGAAUCGGCGUUCCUGAAUGCCAUCUUUCACUCAAAAGCAGUUUCUCCUCCACGUGGAUCACGAGAGCGUUACUGGGAGCCAUUCCCGGUGCUCUCCAGCCUGGGCACUGAGCACACGGCUGUGCUCUGGCAGCAACCGGCCGCCUCUAUUUAUACCUCGGAGCAUUUUGGCAGCUACGUGAGUCUUGGGGUCGCUGGUGUUUCCCACAGCCCUCCAGCCAAUCCAGGCACGCAGCCGAACAAUAGGGGAAGCAUCCAUCAGUGCACGGUGCAUUGAUCCUAAAUGCCCCGGAGAGAAUAACCUUCUGCCCACGCCGACUGGUGGAGCGUGCAGCCCAGCUCUCCGGGGCUGCCCAGGGAUCUGGGAAAGCACCGAGCCUCCAGCUGGUUGUCUGAGGUCGGUGGCAUUCCGGAGGCCCUGCAUGUGCCAGGCACAUUUGUGGCAUGGAGGAGGCACACUUUUGGGGGGAAGUCAGGAAAAAAAGAGAGGGAAAUGCUGUUUAGGGUGAAAAGCAACAGCACCAGGGACAUCUCGCUGCUCUUUCUUGAGAGGGUGCUUUGCAGCCAGCCUGCCAGCUGCAGUUUGCUGGGGGCUGUGUGUGUGUUUGUGCUUCUCCAUAUGGUUCUUACACUUUUUUGCAGCAGUAACGGGUGAGCUGAGGUAGUGAAACAACAGGUCUGUUGGCCCAACGUGUGCCACUCAGGGUGGUGGACAGGGUUAAUAAAUAAGGAAUGUGAAGCCAGUGGAGAUUGUGACCUUUGUCUCUUCCCCAUUAACACACGGGGCAGUGAGCCCAUCGCACCAGUGUUCCCUUUGCUUUCGUUAAGGGCAGCCAAGCAGCUCCUGGCAUGCCACAUUCUCGUCCCAGCCAGGAGCAUCGCCCUGCUCCGCUGCAGACUGGGCUAAAAAUUAAGCCAACGUUACCUAUUUUGUAGGAAAGGCAAGAAAAAGAGUGAAUCUUUGUGGACACUUGAGUCACCUCUGGUUUCUGUUUCUGGUUUCUGUCCCAAGGCAGCACUGAAAGCCAGCCGGGAAGCUCUAGAGCAAAGCUGCACGGAGGUGGGCUCAUCUGCUCCCUGCACACCUGGAAGGGUCUGGAAAUGGAAAUAGAGAGGGGAAGCGUGUGGCCAGGUAAGACAGUCAAAGACACGUUCCUGCUUGGAAAUCCUGAAGCAAAGCCCGCGUAAGGGGCAGUUGGAAGGAAGGAGGGAGGUGUCACCGCAAUAGCCAGCUUCAUGGCUCGCAUUGUGCGGCCUGAAUGGGCUUAGCUCUUUGUUAAGGGCAGAUGUUGUCCUCCGAGCCCUUUAUCCCCAUGUUGUGGGAAAGCCAGGAGACAAGUCAUCUCAGGAAGACUUUGAACCGGUCAAAAGAUUAUGAUGCAAGAUAAGAUACGGCUCAGAGACCAUGCCCUGGGUUUUGCCAGCUACAAUAAGGUGUUGCCCUUUCUUCUGUAGUCUUUGACUGGCCUUCCUCCAGCACUGGGCGUCCUGUGCUCGCUCUCUCCUCAAAAGGGAGCAGGGGUGUCAGGCCUGGAAGCUGGGAGGUGACAGGUAGGCAUGUACCAAGCUGGUUAAAGAGACUCUUCGAUGUCAAAGAACAUCUUUCUCCCAACUCCUGAGAAGCAGCCCUGACCUUUAUUGCUGUAUUAUAACUGAUAGCCAGAUGGUCUUUUGGGAGUUGGAUCCUUUCCCUUUAAAUCAUUCAGGUUCAAGCACCAUCACUAAUGUUGUGAGUAGUUGCGAGGCACGCUUCUAUUGUCCCAACAAGAAAUGUUAUCAAUAGGGGAAAAGUAUGGGAAACGCAGAGAAAUUCAAACCCACACAGCCUGGUGCUAAUAACUCCUUUGUGGAGCCCGCGCUGUCAGCAGGGCACUCUGAACCCGCAUGGCUUUUUCACUCAGCACGGCUGAAAAGCGCGUGUUUGGCCGUGCGGGCAGGAGUUUCUCAGGGAUUUGUGUUCACCGGGAGAAAGGGGCAGCGUGGGGCAAGGGGGCAGGGAUGCAGGUUCGCACACGGGGUGGCCAGCUGCAGUACUGGGGCAUCCCUUUGUCACCGCUGCUGCAAAGCAGGGCCGGGCAGGAUCUGUCCUGUGUGCAGCCUGACCUCUGGUGAGCUCCUCUCCCUCAGGCCAGCCCCUGGUUAGCAUUGCUGGAGAGGUUUGUGGGCACAGGUAAAAGAGAAGAGAUUCAGGACUGCACCAGCUCUGCCCUAGCUUUCAUGGGUACCAUGAUAGCAACUGUAUUGCUGAGGAAGACAGCAGUGAGAACACCUAGAACACAUAGACCGAUGCUGAUAGAUCUCUGCUGAUGGUAUCUUUGAAUGCCUGGUGUAACUGAAGGGUCUGUCUUUUGGGCCACACUCGUGUGCAGACAUGACCUAGUGUCUGAGGUUCCUAGGUUUUGGCACUAGGGUUUCAAAUCCCUGCAGUGUCACCACACCCCUUCAGCUUUAUCCUCUUGUGAUUUGCUUCUUGGUGUUUCCUUGGAUGAAGUUUUAAAAGACAGGGUGCUGUCUAUUGGAGGGGAUUCCUAAUAAUUCUUUGACACUUUUUUUUAAUUUAUGAGCCACUGCUUGCCGUUGUGUCACAGAGGAAGGUCCCUUCUCCCAGCCCUCCAGGUGCACCUCACCCUGCCUGCCAGAAAUUACCUUGCAGAGCUUGCUAUUCAGGAUUGGCUUCUUCCACUAGCACAAGCCAAACAUAAUUCUUCCGUCUGAACCAACAGAGUGGAAGUGUAGUGAAACCUGCCUCUUCCAGGGGAAAAGGUUAUGUUGUUGUUAGACUGACUGUAUAAAAUAUUACAUUAAAUGUCAUUAGCAUGGCAUCAUCCUGCCUUCUUUAGACAUCAGAACCUUGGCCAAAAAUACCUUUAAUUACUGUAAAGUACAUUCUUUACAUGUUUAACCUUUAAAAUUAGUUUUUCUUUGGAUUCAGAAUGCUUAAUAUGCUGCCAUUCCCAGGUGCAUAAGGGGAGGAAAGUGGACUUUGAUCAUUAAGAAACACAUGAGACAACUCGAUCUGCAUUUUCAGGGUUGUUAGAGGCAAAAGCAAUUUCCAUAGCUGCUUGUGUGGGUGACCCUGAAAUCGUCAUGCCCCAAUGACAUAGUCUUACUACAGUGAGUAUUACAAAUAAUUAAAAAUUAAGGAGAAUUUAUUAUUUUUCUGCCCAGCUGAAAUUCCCACAAGUCACCUCUCAGCAUAUUCAAGAGUGCACAAGAGGGAUUUAUUAUUUCCUGGUAUAUUGACUCUGAAAGGUCUGGGGAUUACAGCUGCUUUGCACAUGAAUAGCUGGAGUGUGUUGUACAAAAGGCAUGGUCUGUGGGAUAAUGGGGUUGGAUGUGGGAAAGCGCUGACCCUGGGGGAGAGCAGGCUGGUGCCUGAUGGCAGGAAUCAAUUAUGUCUCAAAGGAACACAUUGCCCUGGGAGCAGGCUUUGCGGGAGCCACCAUGUUAUGUGUUUACCACCCUCCUCCUUCAAAAUCCUGUAUAAAACAGUCACAGAAAAUAUCCUCUCCUCCUGCCCUUGCUGGGGACCCAGCCAUGCCGGUUGGUGCUGCGUUAGGGUCUUGGUACCACAGCUGGUCCCAGCUCCGGGGCAGCGCCGAGCCACAGCAGUUUUCUUGCACGUGCUGCCAGUUUGGAGAGCCUAAACCCCCCCAAAUACUGGUGACUCCAGUGGGGACACACGCUCCCAAAGCCCUCCGAAAUUCCUAGAGCCCAUCAGUCACCGCCUCGGCUCCUACUAGGGGAGGGGAGAAGCCUGGCACUGCCAAGGGAUGGAGCAAACACAAGCUGCUGAGCUCAUGCACUUCCUUCCCUGUGUUUUAUUUAUUUAUUUAUUUAUUUAUUAUUUUUUCAUGAUGGUGGUAUUCAGUUUUUACACUGAUCUGGUAUUAAUGCCAACCUUUCAAAUGUCAAAAUUUGGGCUUCAACAAAUCAUGAAAUGAGCUGAAAGUUGUAGGGGUUUAACAAACCUUUCUGACAUUGAACUCCUACUGAAGGCCGUAAGUAUCAUAUAGCUCGUGAUAAAAUUCCAAGACUUAGCAGAUAGCCUUGCCAAACAUUUUGGGGAGUAAAAGUUCUCCUGCAGAGAAAGGAUUUCAGAGGAGCAGGUUUAAGAUUGGGAGGGUGGUUUCAGGGUCUGGUCCCAAGGACCACUUGGUGUGGCAGGCAAGGUGGGUUGAGCAGGUAGCAGAAUGAGGAUGGAUCUGCCUGACAAGAGGGGUUUUUCAGAAGCAAGAUAACCUAGUCGAGAGCCGGGCAGAGGUUUAGCAGAGGAACACACUUAGGAACUCACAUGGCACGUAAGGCAGGGUUGGAUGCCCUCACCAUCAUGCUCCAGGCAAGGCACCUUGUCAGAUGUCAGUGUCAAGGGAAUGUGGUGCAACAAACAGAGCCCAGCUCUGAAGGAAACAGUCUAGAGAGGCAGUGGGUAGGAGAACGACCCCCAGAAGGUCACCUGUGUAGCUGGCAGCAUAAACUGUGCCUACGAGCAUUUACAGCGCUAGUUUGGGGGGGAAGCUGUUAAUAAAGCAGCUUAAUACUGAGGCUUGGUUGGUCCCCAGGAGCAAGAAUAAACAAACUAAAUCUUGGUUUGCUUUUCCAAGAGAUCAAGUUCAUUUCUUUUGAUGAGGUUAUCAAGUAUUUCCUGAUCAAGCAUUUGAGCGCAUCUUCCUUUUCAGCCAGUUCAUGGACUUGAAAAAAUUGUGCUGAACACCCUUCUCAAAACCCACUGCUGAACUUGAGAGCAAAGGAGAAUUUUUGCAUCUGCUUAUUGAGGAGAGGCACGACUCCAAGUGUGGUCUGGGCAGGUAAUCCAAGUUCUCCCACAAGCUGGGGAGCUGGCUGCUUUUCAGAGCUGACAAAACUAAUUAAAACAAAAGUGAGUGCUGAGCAUCUUUGUAAAAGUCCCAAACGGACCACUUGGGUAUAGAAGCACUGCAACCAUGAGGCUGUUUGAAAUAUUGGGUUCCUCCUUUCUGCCUCAUUUUCUUCCUUUGUAAAACAUCACUAAUAAUAUAUCCUCAUCUUGCAGAGGAGGUUGCUGAGAAUUCAUUAGCUGGUAUUUGUAAAGCACUUUGAAAAUGCAAAGCCAGUGCAUUAUUCCUGGUCUUCUGGAUGCUUUCCAUGUUAUUAAAAACAGGAUUUCAGAAAGGCUUAUAGGGGAUCAAAACAGCAUCCCAAACUUGAAAGGAAGCACGACUGUUAAACCAUCAACUGUCGCCUCCCCCUGCAGCCAGAUGUUAAGCCCUAAAGAAGUGAAGUGGCACAAGGAAUUACUUUCCCAAGUUCCCCCAGCUGGGCUGACAGGCCUUGAUCAAUGGUUUUCUCCGCAGUGAGUGCUAUGCAGAUGGUCUACCCAGAGCAAGGUUUCUGUGAAGUACAAAGGGAAGUCAAACACCAUUUCUAAUUCAGCUUGUAGCAUGGCACACUUCCUUUAUCCUCCGCCUGAAUGCAGUGAAUAGGGGAGCAGUGUGGGAAACUGGAAGGGACUCCAAACUCACACAGUCUGAGGGGCUGUAAGACACUCCUAUGCUCAGACCACAUCUGCCUGUGACACAGAGGGAAAAAGAGUGACAGGACGAAAAAUCAGAUUAUAAAAACCUGCGUGAUGCCCAAGGAAAAGGAAAGAGGUGAAGGAAGCUAUGCAGGGAAACAGAAAUGCCAGGCUCGAAGACGGGACUGCCAACAGCAGAGCGAGGCAGGGCUAGGAGGAAAUCCAGAGGAACGAGCUGCAGGAGCAGAAUCUUGCUCUUCCGCCCGUGAGGCCAAAGAAAAUUGCCCCACUGAAGGCAGCAGAGGUGGCGUCAGCCCACACCAAGGCCCCUGAGCCACAUACUCUGUUCUGUUUCUUUAAUUCCUCAGAUUUGUUUAAUAUGUCCCUGGAAACGCAGACCCUUGCUAUCAGUUGAGCCACUCCCAAGCUCGUGCAAACUGUUGGAAACAGACCGAGAAGGUUGUCCAGUUCUUCAGUGCCCCGGUGUGUUGCUCUGAACUGCUGCUUGUUGUAACGUAACUGUAGGGUGUCAUUACAGGACGGAUUCCCUCCUGCCAGCCUGGGGAUCCUGCUGCAGGUGAGGCAUUGCCACAGUUCAGCUUUGCUGCAAUAACAUGAUUUUGUUUUGCUGCGACCAUCCAUGGAGGCCUUGGUGGACACCAAGCCUCUGCUGCCGUGUCACAGGCAGGCUGCCCCUUCCCCAUGCUGCUCAGUCCUCUGUCUUGCUGGUGUUAGUGAAGCCUGGCCUGCCUGAAUGCGAUGGCAAACAUCACAGCACGUCACAGGUAGGGAUACGAUGGGGCAUGGACCCCUAGCUCCACGUGCCAGCCCACGGGCUUUCCUGGAACAAACAUGGAAAUGCUGAGCUCUGGAACACCCCCAGGGCAGGCAGCAUCACCAUACUUGGUGGUGGGAUUUUCACAUCUCUUUGCUGCACAGUGCCAAGGGCAAGAGGUGACUCUUUUAUGGACCGUGAGGGCAUGGUGAUAGCUGUGUAUGGCCCCUGUUGCUCACCCAGCCUCCCGUUCCUGAGGAGUUGAUGCCUGCCUGCUGUGCGGGCUCAUUACAGGUGGGCCAGGAACUGCCCCUUGGCCCUGAUGUGGGCUCAGGUGUUGGCCAGGAGCUGCAGGAGCCAGGCUUGGCUUUUAAGAAAAUUAGCUCAGAUUUUAUACCAGCGAUAUUGCGGGGAAGCUCUUCUCUUCAUUAACACUUCUGCACUGUUCCGCGGUGUUUAGAGGAAAGAAAUGGGAAGCAGUAAUCGAUGCUGGUAAUAAUAACGAGAUUCUGGUCCUGGUGUUUGUCAGGGGCAAAUGUGGAUAAAUCCCCCUGUGGAGGUGAUUUGUGUACCCGGAGACUCGAAAGCAGCCCUGUAGGUACAGACCCUACAGGCUGAAAGUAGCAGCCUGCUCCCCAGAGGCCGGAGUGCCUGCUGGCUCCAGCGAGGACCUCCACCUGCAUGGGGCUGUUAGGACGGGACCCAUUUUAUUUUCCACCUCAGUGUGCUCUGUAGGACGAAGCACUUAGCUGAGCCCCCUGCCCUGUUCUCUGGGGCGUUGCUCCCCGGCACCUUGGCGCUCUCAACACCCCUGACAUAAGGCUGGGGAAGUUGGCGUACCUUGGGGUUUCCCACACCAUUUCUUAACCGCAUUCAUGCCCGUCACAAAGGAAGUGUGCCUGGCUACAAACCACAUUAGCAACGGUGCUUGCCUCUGCAUUGUGUUCAGUGGGAAACCCUGCUCCCAAAAGGCCAUCUGGGCAGCACAGAGCAGGAGAGAGGCAACGGGGGCAAGGAGCGGCCCUCCAGACCUGGGAAAGCAGCAGCAUCCUUGAGUCACCCUACAGAGCUAACAUCUGGCCGAGUUUCUGGGGGAAGGCUCUUGCUCAGGCCCUGUUUCAAACACCCAGAUCCAGCAUCUCGGGAUCGCCGUAACUUUUCUGUCCAAUAUUCUCUGUGGGACCACACUAGAUGUGGGUAAUUCAGAAUUCAUUAUCCUUAGCGCAACGUCCACUGGCUCAAUUAACUUUAUACCAGGGGUGAUUUUUAUUAUUGUUUUUCUUCAGGAUUUCCAACCAAAGCAGAAACAGAGCAUCCAUUUUGGGUAACUGGGCAUCUCAUUUGAGUUACUGUUCCAGGAUGGUCAGUAAUUGGCUGGUUUUACCCCUCACAGACUGCGAAACUACAGAGAAAAUAAAAAGCUAUUUUAAAUAUAUGCUUUUAUUUGAGAUACUUUAAAAUCAACAUGUGGCACAGAGCAAGGAUGUAGGAACCUCCAUGGAUAUAUCAUCUGGGGGGACAUUUUGUAUCUCUAAGGUUAGAGGGCCGCCAUCCUCUGUGGUAAAGUGAAUUUCUCAAGGCUACAGGAGAUUAAAUAAGCAUUCAGCCAUCUCAGCAGCAGGCUUCGGGUCAAUCUGGAUCCUAAUGGGGAAGAAAGUUGGAGCACUGGCACCUCUUGUGCCAAGGGCACGACCACUGCUGCCCUGCGAUCUGGCGAGGCGUUGGCACAACUUUUCCUUGUUGCUGCUUGCCUUUGGGCCGGCCAAAUGUGGGGAGCUGAGCUGCUAGAAAAGCUGGUACAGGGAGGGCAUCUGGUACUUGUAACACCUUCCUUGGACUAAACAGGUCUUGGACUAAACAGGUCCUUCCUUGGACCUGUGCUGCAAGGGGAAAUAGGACUUAGAGCUGCUUCCUAGCGAGUCAGUCAGGGAAACAGAAAUUGUCCCUAGCAAAGUUGCCAGUGGCCACUGCUGAUUUUGUAGUUGCCACAUUUCUUCUUCAUGCACUUGGUUAAUGAGCUCCAGCAAUGAGUUACUGCUCAGGAGUUUCUGUUUCAGGGAAUCUCCCCCAGAGGGAUGCGCAGAGGGAAAGAUUGGUUUCGGAGGUGGCAUUACAUGAGCUCAGAGAUAAUCCACCAGCUUUGAGGAGAACAUGUGAAAUGGUGUCACAAAAACUUUCCCACAACUUGACAUAAAAGCCUCGGAGCCCAACAGCUGCUGCUCUGUGCGGCAAGAAGGGAGCCUAUUCAGCAGCAGCACAAUGGGGACGGAGCAGCAGAGCCUGCAGGAGGGCACUGAAGCCUUACCUGGGCCUAGAAAUAAAUGAGUUGCAGGGUGAGAGAGAUAUGUAGGCAUGUGUGUGUGCAUUCAUGUUAAAAUAUGUCAAUAUAUAGAUGACCACACAUAAAUUAAUGUAAGCACAAACAGGAUUUACUUAGCACCUUUUCCAUUUCAGUAAGAGACCCCAACCAAACCCCAGCAUUACUUUACAGACUUUAUCUGACAACUACCACGCCUGUGUUGGUUCUUGCAGAGGGGAUACCGAAGCUCACAGGAAGGUGAAUUGCACCGAUGGGGUCUCAGAGCACACAGGGAGUCAAUCUGGGAGCAGCGCGGCUCUGACACACGCUGCUGGCAGCUUUCUCCAUGCAGGUUGUGGGUGUAGAGGAUGCAGGGAACACGCUGCUGCUGUUCCCUUCUCCAGCUGUGUGCGGCUGCAGCUCGUAAAAGCAAGCAGCACUUGCAUGGGCAGGGGCCAGGUUAGGUGCAGGCAGAUCUGGUUCGAGUUUUGCAGCGUGAAUCUCCGGGGGUGUUUAUGGGAUGCAGAGGGCAGCACCAUUAACACCCCCAGCUGCAGGCACUGCUGGAGCAGAGGCUGCAUCUCAGUACAGAAACCAAGCCCCUGCAAAACAAGGAGUCAGGAACUUGAUUUCUAACAAUUUUGUGGGCUAAGUGAAUUUGUUCUGUGUGUAGAUGAAAUAAAGGACUUAGAGCAAAACAAGUUUUGGGAAAGAAGUGAGAAAUCAGCACGUGAGGCUGACCUGAGCCCCACACUCAGAUCUUCCUCCUCUCGGUUUGGUCGUGCAGGUGUUUGGAAGCAGCAACCUCAGGUGCUUGUCACAGGGCUUGAGAGUGUCCCAAAGAGGUGCCCGAGAUCUCGAGGAGGAGACCAAAGUUCAAAAGAGGAACUUUUUGGAAAACUAUGUGUAUUUAUGGUUUUUAUGUAUUUCUUUGCAGUGAGGCAAGCCAGAAAAGCACUUCUCUGUUUCAGCUGUGCCACACUCACCUAAGGGAGUACAAUCGAGUGCCUUGCAGUGAGCACAAGGCAAAGGGGCUUACAGAAACCGCUCGUGUGUGCGUGUGCAGCCACGCACGUGUACGCGUGUGCCUCGGAGUGUCCCCAGAGGGACCUGCAUGGAGCUGUUGGGGUCCUGCCAUCAGUGACCAGCCUCCGUGUCCCGGUGUGCUGGGAAUGCCACUGACGUGCAGUGGUGCUCAGCAGCCCCUGCCCCGGAUGGCCAGCUCUUUCCCAGCUUCUGAGGCGUAAUUCGGAUCCCGCUCUUUCACGCCCCACGCAUUCCCCACCUGCUCAUCUGGGAGAAGGUCAUUAUCCCCGGGCUAUUCACUGCCAGCCGAGCAUGCAAGAAUAGCAGCUUCUCCCUUUGUGCUGCCCAUCUCGCUGAUUGGCCCUGCAGUGUGGGAAACUCCGCCGAGCCGCAGACCCACAGGCUCUCCGGGAAGCUGCGGGGUAUAAAUAUAGGGUAAAGGCAGCUUCCAGCACCACGUUUCUCCUGGAUUCCCACUCUGAGACCUUCCCUCCUCUCGGGACAGAUGGCUCCCAGCGCUGUGUUCCUGGAGCCUGACAACCUGCUGACGCCAAAGGAGAAAAACAAACUCAGGAAGCCGGUGGUGGAGAAAAUGCGCCGGGACCGGAUUAACAGCAGCAUCGAGCAGCUGAAGCUGCUCCUGGAGAAGGAGUUCCAGAGGCACCAGCCCAACUCCAAGCUGGAGAAAGCCGACAUCCUGGAGAUGACCGUCAGCUACCUGAAACAGCAGAGCCAGCUGCAGCUGAAGACUGUAGCAUCCUUCCAUAAAAGCUCUCAGUUUGACUUCAGAGAGGGCUACUCUAGGUGUCUGCAAGAAGCUUUCCAUUUCCUCUCUCUUCAUAAAGUCCGAACUGAGACACAGACCAAGCUCUUAAGUCACUUCCAGAAGAGCCAGGCAGCAGCUCAAGAGGUUGCCUUUUCCCCCGGCAAGCCCAGCGCCCUGAAGCAAGCAUCUCCAAAAGACACUGGUACUCUCUGGAGGCCCUGGUAGUCAGGGGAGUCCUCGCUCCACGGACCUUUGCCUUUAGAGUCCAGAGGAAGGAUCUGACUGCAUCUGGUAGUCCAGCUCUGAUCCUCUCUCCUGUAGGGAAUACGAUUUCCCCCUGUGUUUUAUUUAUGUGUGAAAAGAAUGGCAGACUUCUGACUUUCAUGGGAGCCUUUGGCAGAAGUUGAGGCAUUCUGCUGAAUAUUGAAGCUGUGGGCACUGGUGGCACAGCACCCAGCAUUGCCUGGUCGGGGGGCAAUGUCUUCAGACUGGAGGAGGGUGUUUUGUAGAUGUCACAGUUGUGACGGACGAGAAUUGCUGUAGGAGAGAUUUCUCUGAUAUGACCUGUACGAGCCAUCGGCUUUGCUCUGGCUUGACUAGCAGUGCCUGUUUGCUCAGUCAUCCUGGAGGAUAAACGUCCCACCCUUUUGUUCACCCACACUUGGUUAAAUGUCAUUUCCCCCUGCUUGCUUAUAACUUGUCCUGCAUCACAGGUGGCUUUGUUCUGCCUUGGAUUUUUCUCUAUUGACCCUCUGAUAGUCCUAGUGUAUGAAGUGUGAUGGAUGAACAGGAGGUAGGAAACUAUGUGGAAUAUUUCUACUGUUCUGCUGCUUUUUUCGAUUUAGGAAAAGAGUGUGUUACUGCUUUAUGUUAAAGAAAAGUGGUAGAUAAGAAGCUUGAUUGGUCAAUGUUAUACAUUUUGGGUGUAAGCUGUGCUUUUUCUAUCAUUUUCAUUAUAAUAAUGAUUGCUGUCUGUAUUAAGUGGUGUAAUUCAUGGUGGAUGGUGUUUCUCCCACUCUUGGGACAGCCCUAUGGCAUGUGUGCAUACCGUGUAUGCGUCUCUGGGUUUGUAGAGAGCAAUAAAAUGCAUCUGUGUGCAACUUCUGCUGGGUCCUGUCUCUGUGGGGUACACAGCCACUUGGCCCCCUGAAAAUACCACGUCAGCCUUCCAAAUAAGCUUUCUGUGAAGUGAAAGGAGCUUAUGUUCUUGUCUGCUAUCUAUAUUCUCAUGACUCCAUCACCUUUACACCUCGAACCCCCUGAGGUAAGCAGGAGCCGCUCACACAUCCCAGCUGAAUUGUACAGAGCUCCUCCUCAGGCACUGUGCCUCCCAGCCACCCAAAACCUCCUCACCUGGGUGGAAAAGCCUUACACCUGUCCACUGGGUGGCCCUACAGGCAGCAGCUGGGAUCCAAGUCCUCCUUUCACCUGAUUUUUUUCACCUGGCAUUGAGAGGAAGCAGCCUGGAUCACUGCAGUACUGGGCACCCUCUAAUGCCUUCCUGCCACUUCUCUGAGAGUUCAAAGCACGCUUUUGUUGUGCUUUGUCAUUUUUGUUUUGCCACCAGCUUGCUUCCUUGGGUUGCAGUGAUGCUGCUGGUAAUGCUUGGUGGAGGUUUGGGAGCUGUAAAAGGCAGGCCCUGGAUUCAGGUGGGAGGACAGUGAGGGGAGCAGAUCCCUCCCCUCAUUGUCAUCAGGUGUCGGCCAGUGCUGGAAAAUCCCUUCUACCUCCCAGUUUCUCUCCAUAUGAUGCUGUGACUGCUUAUAUGUGGACAGACGAAUGGGGAGUUGGAGCCUGCUCUGUCGCCAGGUGGCAGCAUGGGAGCAGGAAAGGGCUCCCUCCCCCUCCUGGAAAACAUCAGAAGGGAAUCUGCUUUUCCUGGGUAACAGGAAAAAGAUGGUCACACACAGGGCUCCCCAGGUGACUACGUUCCUUUGAAAAUACCUGAGAAGUCAUCACAGCUCUACGACUGCUGAGGAAAGCAUGAAACCUCAGGUGGGACUUCUUGAACACACCAUUCCCAGAGAAGAUGCUGUUGCUGCAGUCUCAGUGGGGUGUGCUGCACACAGUGAAGUCAAGAGCUCACCAGAUAAUGGAAAAAGAGCAUGGAAAAAUGAAGCAAAAACGAAGCCACAAGGACUCUCUGUUCUCCAUACUGCUUACUUGUGGUAAACUUGCCUUCAUGCAUUAGUAGUCCUGUAUGUUUGCUGCAUCACUACAAACACGAGAUGCAUGGAUGUGCCUUUUUUACAGUGGAACACCUCUGAGAAGGCUUCGAAGUUCUGCAGAGAUCCCAUCACCCUGAACAAAGAGAAGGAACUUAUUUAUGUGGAUGCACUGCAUGGAGACCACUGCUCUGGAAAACAGAAAGCUAUGUCCAUGAGGUGAUUUACAGUCAGAUAACCCAGUUCCAGUCUCAGAGCAUGAGGCGCCAGCUCUGCAAGAACACAGCUCAUGCAGCUAAUUAAGAGCUACAACAAGUAUUCUGUGUAAGUUGGCAAACUCACCAGGCUAAGUAAAGGAAUGUACUCUUCAGCAGUGUCCUGCUGUGGCAGGAUUUCCAAAAGUUAGCCUAUGUUUAUCUUGUCUGUCAGCAGCCAGCUACUAGCAAUGAGCCGCUCUCUCCUUUUGUGCUGUAUUGGUGCAAAGCAUUGAACCAAGCAAUGCUAUCAGUAAAUAAACCCACCUGUACUUCAGAGGGCUGUGAACAUCUGUCUUUAUUGACUGGCUGGCAUAUUCUGGUCUGUAGGAACCACACCAAACCUAGACAAGGAAAAUUUAUCAUUAGUGGGUCAGCAUUAAAGGGAAUUCAAUUCCGAUACCUUUUCCCUGUUUUUCAAAGUUUUUUCUUCUAAGAGACAUCCCAUUUGUUACAAUAUAGUUGGGAAUAUGUUUUAUAGAGGAAGCAGAAUAGAUACAACAACUUUCCAAGCAGAACUCAACACUGAUUUUCUCUCUAAACUCUAGACUAACCCGAUUUAUACUUUCACGUAGCAUGUAGUGGGUAUUCAAGGGUUAUUACCUGGGCAAAGUUGAGGAAGAAAAGCUGUUUGUGGGACAGAUUUAGUCCAGGCAACUUCGGUUCCUUCCCUUCCCGUUCCAGCCAUUUUAAAUAAGCCUACAAAUUAUCACAGAUUCAAUUCAGAGAAUGGCUUAUUCAAACAUGAGUAUUUUGAAUGUUACUUUGGGGCUAGAGAUUUCAGUCACACUGUAUGUGAACCCAGCACGUCUGCCAUUCUGUAUUUUCCUAAUUUUCAUCUUUCUGAUACAAAGAGAAUGAUUAAUUUUAUGGGGGAAAAAAAAAGUCAUAAGCAUUCUGUUGACUUCUCUAUACAAAUACACCAAGAUAAUUUGCACUCAGGUUCUGAAGCAAUCUUUGAACUGAAAGCUGUUUGUGAAAAAGGGAAAAAUACCGUACUUUCACAUGGAAAGAAGAGUUUCAAAUUAGUAGCUGUUACUGGCCAGAAGCUGUGUGUGUUCUUUAGGGAGAUGCCUGGAGCUGUCUUUGAGUUUCUUCAGCAAGGUGGUGUACACUGUUUUACUGCUCUGACGGACUAUUGGUUUGCUGCUGCAUCUCAGGAACCAAGCCUGACCACGUGUGACAGCUGGUGACAGAUGUUAGAUCGAUAAAGCAACUCAGACCAAAUGCCUGUGACUGCAGUUUGAAGUAAAAUCACCAGCUUUCGUCUGACUUCUUUCUGUUGGAAUUUUUGUAUCUGGAAAUAAAGUGUUAAGUCUUU